CGAUGGUCCUGGAUGCCUUUGCGUCAUACGUGCUACACAUGCUGACGGAGAUGGCGAGUGAAGAGGUGCACAUGUUGCUUGGAUUCAAACGUGAGAUCGACAAGAUGCACAUUAAGCUUAGGGAUCUCAAGAACUUCCUCGCUGAUGCUGACAGGAGAAACAUCACUGACAAGAGGGUGCAAGAAUGGGUGUCCCAGCUCAAGCGUGCCAUGUAUGAAGCUGCCGACAUCCUCGACCUCUGCCAGCUCAAGGCCAUGGAGCACGGUAUGUCCAGUGCAAAUGUGGGGUGCUGCAACCCCUUGCUUUUCUGCAUGCGGAAUCCCUCCCAUGCCCACGACAUCGGUACCCGCAUCAAGGCGCUCAACAAGAGGCUCGACAUCAUCAUGGAGCGAAGCGCUGCUUUCAGCUUCAUCCCUCUUGGUUCCUAUGAGGAUCGCAACAGCAAGGUCCAUGGCUCUCAUUCUGGCAAUAAAAGACGUGAGACAUCAGGGGAGUUUGAUCGGUCCGGUGUAGUCGGAGAGAAGAUCGAACAAGACACGAGAAAGCUAGUCGAGAUCAUGCUGAGUGAAAAGGAGGUCAAUACCAACAUCAUGGUAGUCGCCGUUGUUGGGGUUGGUGGAAUCGGCAAGACCACUCUUGCCCAGAAGGUCUUCAACGAUGAAGCCCUGAAUGCCGAGUUCGAGAAGUCGAUAUGGUUGAGCAUCAACAAGGACUUCGACAAGGUUGACUUGCUCAGGACAAUCAUCACGCAAGCUGGGGGACAACAUGGUCGCGAAAAGGCAUUGGCUGUGCUUCAGCCAAUCCUUGCCACCAGCUUGAAAGGGAAGAAGCUAUUCCUGGUGCUAGAUGAUGUUUGGGACCAUGAAGCAUGGGAUGAUGUGCUUAAAACAUCCUUGUCUAAUGUUGUGGCUCAAGGUAGCCGAGUCCUCGUCACUACUAGAGAUGAAAGAGUAGCUCGAAGGAUGAAAGCUGUGCUUCCCUACCACCAUGUGGACAAAUUAGAGGAGGAGGAUGCCUGGUCAUUGCUCAAGAAACAGAUAAUCUCAAGUGAGACAGAUGAAUGUGAAAUUGAUAUGCUCAAGGAUAUUGGAGUGCAGAUUGUUGGAAAAUGUGAUGGUUUGCCUCUUGCUCUCAAAGUAAUGGGUGGGAUCUUGUGUCAGAAGGACAAAAAACAGCUGUUUUCUAGGAACGAAAUCAUUGGCAUGUGGAUUAGUGAAGGAUUUCUUCACGGGACCUUAGAUGACAUAGAAGAAUUAGGAAGCAAGUACUACAAGGAGCUGAUACUGAGGAAUCUUAUAGAGCCAAAUACAGUUUAUGUUGAUCAAUAUGUCUGCAACAUGCAUGAUGUUGUACGCUCAUUUGCUCAAUUUGUGGCUAGAGAUGAGGCACUAGCAGUUCAUAGUGGAGAAACUAAUAUUGUUAGUAAACUUAGUGCACAUGAGUUUCUUCGGUUAUCUCUGGAAAGCAAAGCAUCAGAAUCAUAUGGGUUAGAGUGGAGUUCUUUGCAAGCACAAAAGACAUUAAGGGCAUUAAUAUCAACUGGCUAUAUAAAUAUCAAGCCUGGUGAUUCGUUAGUUAAUUUUCCAUGUCUACAAACUUUGCAUAUAGAUUCUGCACAUGUUGUAGAAUUGCUUGAAUCUUUGCAUGAACUCAAGCACCUGAGGUACUUGUCCUUACGAGAAACUGAUAUAUCUAGUCUGCCUGAUAGCAUUGGAAAUAUGAAAUUCUUGCAGUACAUUAGCCUUUUUGGAUGCAAACAAUUUGUGAAACUUCCAGGUAGCAUUGUGAAGUUAGGGCAGCUAAGGUACCUUAACUUCAAUGCAACAAGUAUAAAAGGCAUACCCAGGGGUUUUUGUGCUCUGACGAACUUAAGGGUAUUACUUGGGUUUCCAGCCCAGGUGGAUGGUGAUUGUUGUAGUUUGGAAGAGUUGGGUCCUCUUUCUCAGCUCAAGAUUCUUGAUUUGGACGGAUUGGAGAAUAUAACUACUUCCUCAUUGGCAGCAAAGGCAAAGCUUGCUGACAAGGUGCAUCUUACUACUCUAGUCUUAAAUUGUGGUAGUAUAUUAGGAGAUGAUGGACUGAUUAAAGAGGAAGAUUGUGUCUCUGAGGAAGAGCAACAACAAAUGGAGAAGGUGUUUCAUGAGCUCUGCCCUCCGCCCAGGUUAGAAUCUCUUGAUAUGAGAGGAUAUUUUGGCCGAUGGCCCCCAAGGUGGAUGAUGUCAUCAUCAGAUGUGCCCCUCCAGAGCUUAAGGAUUCUGUUCAUUGUCGACCUAGCUUGCUGCACACAGCUUCCUGAUGGCUUGUGUCGGCUCCCCUAUCUGGAGUUCAUUCAGAUCAAUUGUGCUCCAGCCAUCAAGUGUGUUGGACCUGAAUUCAUGCAGUCCAACAAUCACUACAACGCUCGUCCUGCCCAAAUGGUGGCUGCAUUUCCGAGAUUGCAUAAGAUGGAAUUAAUAAGAUUGGUGGAAUGGGAGGAGUGGGACUGGGAGGAGCAAGUGCAAGCCUUUCCUGUCUUGCAGGUGCUUACGCUAGAUAGAUGCAAAUUGAAGUGUCUUCCUCCUGGCCUUGCAUCCCAGGCAAGGGCUUUGAAUAAAUUAAUCAUAUCCUAUGUCCAGGGCCUCAUCUCUAUAGAGAACUUUCCAUCUCUGGUUGAGCUGGAUCUGGAUGAAAACCUUGACUUGGAGAGGAUCACUAAUCUUCCCAGGCUGCAGAAGCUUACCAUCGAAGACUGCCCAAAGCUGAAGGUGUUGGAGGGUGUUCCUGCACUCCAGAGGCUCAUGCUCACAGAUAAAGACAUGGAGACACUCCCAAUAUACAUGGGAGGUAUAAACCCAAGACAUUUGGAGUUAUGCUGCCGCCUAGCACUGCUUGCUUCCAUAGCCGCGGGACAAUCUGGCCUUGAGUGGGACAAGUUCAGGCAUGUUGGGCAUGUCAAGGCUUAUGCAGGCGAAGGAGGUAAUUCCAGGAAAUGGUAUGUCUUGUACACAGCUAAGCCCUACAACUUGGAGACAAAUGUCAGCUUCUCUUUCAUGUCCAGAGGAACCUUGUCUUAUUUUGAGGAUGCACAAAGAUUUCAGUUUGUCUUCAAAAUGACGAGAGAAACCUUUAGCUACAUCUGCAGCUUGGUGAUGGAGCCGUCAAUGCAAGAUAUGAACAGCUACACCUUUGUUAACGGAAGGGUGCUGUCUUUACAAGACCGGGUAGCCGUUGCUCUUAGAAGGCUGCAUUCCAGUGAGCCAACAGGGAUCGUAGGAUCCUCUGUUGGUGUGAACGAGUCAACCGCCUUGUCAGUAACUGAGAGGUUCGUUGAUGCUAUGUGGGAGCAGGCAGACCACCACUCAAGCUGGCCAGACUGCAAUGAGAAGGAUGAAAUCAAAUCCAAGUUUGAGAAGAUCCACAAGAUGAAUAACUGUUGUGGUGUUAUAUGUGCAACUCAAAUCCCAUUUGGACCUAACUGGGAGAAGAAUAAGACCACUCAGAUGCAAGUGAUCGUUGAUCCAGAGAUGAGGUUCAGAAACAUCUGGUUGGGAUCGGCAGGUAGCAUAAACCACAUAAACAUAUUGUACGACUCUCAUCUCUUUAAUGGGUGCGAGAAGGGCGGUAGGCUGAAUGGCAGCAAGCUAAAGGUAGCAUUGGAUGGAUCAGAAGUCGGGGAAUAUAUAAUUGGUGAUACAGGAUAUCCUCUUCUUCCGUGGCUACUCACGCCUUACCAGGAAGAAGACCUCUCAGAUACCAAAGCAGAGUUUAAUAGGCGACACUCCGCGGCCAGAACCUGUGCUCUGAAGGCGAUGGCAAGGCUCAAAGACACAUGGAAGUGCCUGCAGGGAGAGGUGUGGUGGCCGGCCAAUCUGGAAACUCUAAGUAAAAUAAUAUAUGCCUGCUGCAGAUUGCAUAACAUAGUCAUAGAACUGGAGGAUGAUGCAGCCAUGCUGAGCACCAAGCGGAAGAAUUACUCCAUGGAAGUGCGUGAGAUAGCAAAGGAGGACGCUGUCAGGGCGAGGGAUAUGCUGUCGCAGCACUUCAUGGCCAGCAGGUCAUCCAAAUCGGGAGAGCAGGAUGAUGAAGCAGCUUCAUCAGGCCCAGGGGAUGAAAAUAAUGAACAAGAAGUGCAGACCAUUAACUACGUGCUUUGAGUCCUGUUAGUGAGGAUGGGUACAAACUGCUAGUGAGAAUCCUAGUCCUGUUCCCUCAAGUUAAAGUCCUACUAUCCCGCCAUCAAGUUCCCUUCGUGAGAAUCUUAGUGCAAACAAAGAUUCUCAAUAGAAACUACUAGUGAGAAUCCUAGUGCUCCGAGUCUUGAUUGGCACUAAUGCUAGUGAGAAUCUUUAACUGCUUAACCCUCUUGGUUGCUAGUAUAUAAAAAUUACAUAACUCAGAAAGAAUGGUAAUCGAUACAACUAUUAGCAGUGUGUUAGCUCAGACUCUGUAUUGACAAUUUUUAUUUAACUGGCGGUUCAUUUAAUAGCAUGGGUGAUCUUGUUAGUAAGGUUAGCAUCCUGCUAUGCACGGAAAUGAAAAUUCUUGAUAUGUUAAA